ACUCAAACAACACUUACCCACGAAACGCGCUCUACGCCAAGCCCUUUAAAGGAAACCAUAAACGGAGAGAGAGUUGAUCUAGUCGCUUCUUCUUUCUCUUCGAUCACCUUCAGCAUUUCAAUGGCGGGAUCGUUUUCUCCCCCACGUAAGAGUAGUGAUCUCCAGAAACUCCUCACCGAGUCGGAAAUGGCCGCCGCCCAGCAGCUCAUGCAGCUUAGCGACGAAGACAGCUACAACGACAACAAAAAGAGGAGGGACGUGCACGCAGAUGACGACGAAGAGGUUGAUCAGAGCCGAAGCGAAAUUACUUCCACGAUAAUUGAAGAGAUUUUUGGGAAAGAAGAGGCGUGCCGGCCGAAGAAGCAGAGGUACCGAUCUCUUGUUAGUAUUUACACGGCAACGAAACCCAUCAAUGGAAGAUUCGAGAAGAGGGAGAAGAGGGUAAGAUCUUAUGGAAACUUUAAUGGGGUUUUAGCUUAGGGGGAGGGGUUGCUUAAUCUUAGUGAUCAAGUCAUGUAAAGAGUUUUUCUGAUCCUUUUGUAGGAAAAUUGGAGACUGGGUUUCUCUUUUUUGCCUUAAUAAUAAUA